GCGAACCCAUACUGCACCACUAGUAGCACCCACUCAAAGCAUCCCCACCUGGCCACCUCCCCUGCCGCCCUGUCCAGUCGCUACCUAAUCUUCUUCUCAUCACACACACAGCUCUCAGCGCACACAUGGACGCCAGCCAAGGCGUCCUCCUGUCCAGCGCCCUGGUCGGCGCCGGCGCCAAUGGCGCCCCGGCGUGGCCGGAGCUGCUGGGCUCCGCGCACUGGGACGGCCUCAUCGACCCGCUCGACCUCACGCUCCGCCGCCUCGUCCUUCUCUGCGGCGACCUGUGCCAGGUCACCUACGACUCCUUCAACUCCGACGCCCACUCCAAGUACUGCGGCACCUGCCGCUUCUCCAGGGCCACGCUCUUCAGCCGCACGCAGUUCCCCGCCGCGGCCGACGUAUCCGUGGCCGCCAACCUCUACGCCACCGCGGCCACGUGGCUGCCCCCGGGGCUCAUGGUGCACUCCCUCUCCCGCGAGGCGUGGAGCAAGGAGUCCAACUGGAUCGGCUACGUCGCCGUGUCCACCGACGCCGCCGCCGCCGCCACGGGCCAGCGCGUCAUCUACGUCGCGCUGCGCGGCACCAUCCGGAACCUCGAGUGGGUGGACGUGCUCAAGCCCGACCUGGUCGCCCCCGAUGCCAUCCUGCCGGAGGGCGACCCGGCCCGCGGCCACGCGCGCGUCAUGAAGGGCUGGUACGUCAUAUACACGUCCACCGACGAGCGCUCGCCCUUCUCCAAGUACAGCGCGCGCGACCAGCUGCUGGCCGCGGUGCGGGAGCUGGUCGCCAAGUACAAGGGCGAGAGCCUCAGCAUCGUCUGCACCGGCCACAGCCUCGGCGCGUCGCUGGCCACGCUCUGCGCCUUCGACAUGGUGGCCAACGGCGUGUCCAAGGUCGGCGACGCCCACUUCCCGGUCACGGCCAUCGUGUUCGGGAGCCCGCAGGUCGGCAACCCGGAGUUCAAGAAGCGGUUCGACGAGCUGCCCGGCCUCCGCGCGCUGCACGUCAGGAACAAGCCCGACCUCAUCCCGCUCUACCCGAGCAACCUCCUCGGCUACGCCAACGUCGGCGACGAGCUCUCCGUGAACUCGAAGAAGUCUCCCCACGUGAGGCCGGACACCACCAACGUCGGCGACUACCACAACCUGCAGGGCAUCCUGCACACGGUGGCCGGAUGGAACGGGGAGAAGGGCGAGUUUAAGCUGCAGGUGAACCGGAGCGUGGCGCUGGUGAACAAGUCGUCCGCCUUCCUCAAGGAUGACAACCUCGUGCCGGAGUCGUGGUGGGUGGAAAGGAACAAAGGGAUGGUGCUGGGGCCAACUGGUGAGUGGGAGCUGGAGCAGCCCGCUGAGGAGAACUUGCCCGUCCCGCCGGUCGUGACCGGGAAGGUCAUCGACGACGAUGUCGCUGACACCAUUAGCAGUAAGGAGCCCAAGAUACCAGAGGAUCAAGGCAAGAAGAAGACCAAGGGAACGAAGUUUCUCCCUGCAUGCUUUCGAGGGGUUAAUUAGUUUGUGAAUACGUGAAUGAUUGAACAAUCGUGUGAUUAUUUAUUUAUAGUACUACUGUGAAUAAUGGCUUUUGAAAUUUGAUGGUUUGGUACAAACGUUUAUGUGUGGUGUGUCGUGUAAUCAAUAUCAAUUUUGCUAAGUCUCAGUUGAGUAAGACUUUGUUAUGUCUCCGUGGAUACUAUAUUCCUUUGAUCUUGCAUGAAGAUUUGUAUAAAAAAAUUUCUUUUCAGUA